GCUGAGAGAAUCAAACACUGGCUCUAAAUAACAGUGAAUUUGAUUGAAAACAAGUAAUCAUUUGAUUUGAUUCGUCGAUUGCAUUGAUUGCCUAUUGAGUGAAAACAAGAGACUCUCUGAUAGACAGCCAGACAUCAGACAUGUAUUGGCGUUCAGUUCAGCGCUGUUUGACUCACACGACGUGUCGCUCACCAGUUGUCACACAAACCACAAAACAACUCAUCGCUCGAGUCAUGUCUUCGUCCACGUCUUCGGGUGAAGAGUUCCGCAAAGAGUCGGACACAAUGGGAGAAGUGUUGGUUCCGGCGGACCGUCUAUACGGCGCUCAGACACAGCGGUCGCGAAACAACUUCCGGAUCGGCGCCCAAACCGAUUGGUCGGCCGAACAGAUGCCCAAACCUAUCAUCACUGCAAUGGCUGUACUGAAGAAGGCGUGCGCCCGAGUCAACAGGUCUACCGGCGAUCUGGACGGACGACUCGCUCAGGCCAUCGAACAGGCGUGCGAUGAAGUGAUCAACGAUGGCCUCGACGUGAAUAAGGAGUUCCCGUUAGUGAUAUGGCAGACGGGAAGCGGCACUCAAACCAAUAUGAACUGCAACGAAGUGAUCGCCAAUCGGGCCGCAGAGAUAUUGGGAGGAAAACGUGGCGACCGUUCAGUACAUCCCAACGAUCACGUGAAUAAGAGUCAGUCCUCUAACGACACGUACCCGACGGCUAUGCAUAUCGCGGCCGCCGUUGAGACCAAUGCCACACUUUUGCCGGCUUUGGAGAAAUUGUUGUCCGCUUUGAGGGCCAAAGAGAAAGAGUUCGCACGACUUAUAAAGAAUGGCAGAACUCAUUUACAAGACGCCACUCCACUCACGUUGGGUCAGGAGUUCUCGGGUUACGCCACUCAAGUGCAGUUCGGCAUCGAUAGGAUCAAAGCGGCGCUCGAACCCCGACUCUACUACCUGGCCAUCGGCGGGACGGCUGUCGGCACCGGACUUAAUACGAAAGUGGGUUGGGAUUCAAAUGUGGCCAAACAGGUGUCUGACAUCACGCAACUGCACUUCCGUCCGGCGCCCAACAAGUUUGAAGCCCUGGCGGCUCACGACGCCUUUGUGGAGGUGUCGGGCGCUCUCAAUGUGUUGGCCUGUAGUCUCAAUAAGAUAGCGAAUGACAUCCGACUGUUGGCCAGUGGCCCGCGUUCUGGUAUCGGAGAGUUGAUGUUGCCUGAGCUCGAGCCCGGCUCCUCCAUAAUGCCCGGCAAAGUAAACCCCACCCAAUGCGAGGCAAUGACAAUGGUUUGCGCUCAGGUUCAGGGCAAUCACGUGGCCGUCACUAUCGGCGCAACUCAGGGCCACUUCGAGCUCAAUGUGUUUAAU